CAAGCACUGCUCAUAAUGGGAAAGUUAAUGGCUUGUGCUUCACGAGUGAUGGACUGCACCUCCUCACGGUUGGCACAGAUCAUCGGAUGAGGCUCUGGAAUAGUUCCAAUGGAGAAAACACACUAGUAAACUAUGGAAAAGUUUGUAAUGACAGUAGAAAAGGAUUGAAAUUCACUGUCUCCUGUGGCUGCAGUUCAGAAUUUGUUUUUGUACCAUAUGGUAGCACCAUUGCUGUUUAUACAGUUUACUCAGGAGAACAGAUAACUAUGCUUAAGGGACAUUAUAAAAGUGUUGACUGCUGCGUAUUUCAGUCUAAUUUCCAGGAACUUUAUAGUGGUAGCAGAGAUUGCAAUAUUCUUGCUUGGGUCCCAUCCUUGCAUGAACCAGUUCCUGAUGAUGAUAAGACUACAACCAAAUCACAGUUAAAUCCAGCAUUUGAAGAUGCCUGGAGCAGCAGUGAUGAAGAAGGAUGAAUAACAACCUUUAGUAUCUUUAUGUCUCUUUCAAUGAAACUUAAAAUGGGACUAUUUGUGUGGGGUCUAUUCCUGACAACUAAAUUAGCCCUGAAUUUGGGUGAUUCCUCCAACCCCAAGUUUUAAAAUAAGAUUAAUAUUUGUAUAAAAUGUUAAAAUAGAUUUUAUCAUUUAUUUGAUUAAAACAUGUCUCCUUGAUCUCAGUUGCUAUGGCCUGGGGCAACCCCUGUUGCUACAGUACAAAAACAGUCACUGUGUCUCAAGGACCUCGAGCAGAUUUUACAAACGAUAAGAUGCAAUCUCAGAGGAUCAGCCAGCCAGUGAAGGUUUUUAGGGCUGGCUUUCUCCUGUUAGCUCUGCCCUCAGCCCGUUCAUUUCCACCUUCGAGGAUGAUUUUGCCAUGGAUGAUUAUUUCAAAAGUAAUGGCUGAAAAGGUAGCAUCUGGGUAAUUUUAUUCCUUGUGUACAUAUUCACAUACCGCAAUGAUUUCAUUUCAUUGACCAUUGUUUAGCUUAGUGUUUGGCCUAGUGUCUCCUACAGUCCAAAAAGUGUAUCACAGGAGGCUUUUAACGGGGAAAAUCUCAUGUUCACUUUAUUUUGAUGUCAGAAGACAGCUGUACUCAUGCUUGAACUCUUUUUCUAUGAAACUCCUUAAGAUGUGACCAAGUUUUCCAUCAUUUAUCCAAGCAGAAAACGUCCUGGCAAGGACCUGAAAUGUUGUCAGAAAGUUUCCUUUUCUUGUGUCAAA